GGAGAAGGCUUGCGGAAAGUUUGCGUCUACGGACAGACAUACGCACCGGCAGACAGAAAUAUUUACAGACAAUGUAAAAGGAGAAGAUGCGUGGCUUCGUAUCAGGGAGUGGGUGAUACUCAAGCCACACGUGUUUCUUAUUCUGACCGUCAAUUUCCUUCUGACUAAAACAUUAUGGCGGGUAUAGCCGAUGUGUUCACUGAGUCGGAAAGGACGAACUGGCUGAAAGCUUGGCUGGCAAUUGAUAUUGCAAAGUCUGGCCUAGAGAAAUUUGUUGAGACCGAGGCUACAACUCUACACGGAAACAUAUACAAUGCUAUCUUGUCAAGUGGCGCCGUCGCGUGUGUUGACUGUCACACAGCCAACUUGCUGAAAUGCCCUUCACGAGGAAUAUGCAAUAAACGAGGAGCACAAAGUCAAUGCACAUCUAUGCAUGACUCGCCGUUAAAACAACCACGACCAUGUUCUGCAAACGUUUGUAAUAGAGUCCGUGAUGAAAUUGAAAACCAACAUAAAUUUUCCAACCCUUCUUGGAAAAACACAUCGGCGAAUCAUUGGUCAUCAAGUCCUUGGCACAUAGCCAAGGCGUAUUUUCCUCCUGACGGUUAUACUGAAACUAGUUCGGUACAAGAUACGGACUUCAACGGAAUCAUAAGUUUCAUGAUGAACUGCAAACACUUCAAUAACACGUUUUCGUUCCCCAUCGCUCCGGGAAAACCACAUCCGCCAUGCCUUUUAACAAAGGCGCGAGAAUUUUGCAGAACAGUACGCCAUUCGUCUACGUUCAAGGUUACAGACACAGAUCUCCAUGACAUUUUCAUAACACUGAUUAGCCUACUGACUGAUACACAAUGUCUAGCCCACGACGUUGAUGCGCGGGAGGCUGUGAGGAAAUUAGCAAAGCUACAAACCAACGUUCUGAAGCUUACAACGGAGGAAAUUAUUAACUACGAGAACUUUUGUAAAGACAUAGGGCGUGGUGCAAAGGUUGAAUGGUUCAACUUUGAUGGAGAGUCAAUAUGGAACAAAAUUGAACAAGAUCAAAAGCUAUGCGAUGCAGAAGAAGAGGAGUUAGUUCUUAACAUGAACACUGUUACCCUGGUGACGAGAACUCAGUGGCAUGCCCUAUCCUCCAAAGAAGAUGCACAAUAUAUGACGAUGCCAGUGAGCCACGUGUUCAUACACCAUACGGUGAUGAGUGAGUGCGUCUCGCAAAGAGAAGGCGCCAUAGAGAUGCGCAAAAUACAACAUCUUCAUCAGGAUAUAAAUAGAUGGGCCGAUAUCGGUUACAACUUUGUGAUCGGACAGGACGGUAGUGUGUACAUGGGUCGAGGGUGGGAUCGGGUCGGGGCCCACACAUUGGGCUGGAAUAAUAAAUCCAUUUCAUUUGCAUUCACGGGAAACUUUACGGAAAAACAGCCCACUGACGACGCCUUGAAAGCUCUUGAUGCUGCGCUUGUCCUUGGUGUGAAACUCGGUAAACUCACGCCCGACUUUAAGCUGCACGGUCACAGGGACGCAAGGCCUACGGAGAGCCCAGGGCAGAAGCUGUACGAUCUGAUUCGUAAACAUGAACACUAUGAGCCUAUUGGACCGAACAUUGUUACUUUCUCGCCGAAAUCUCGUGUAUGACAUUUUAAUAUAUGUCAAUUUUUUGUAUCGUUGUCUUGCACUUUUUUGUUUAUUGACGGUAUGUGUUCUUUGUUAUUGUUAA